GGCAGGAUGUAGCUCCUCCGCAACUCCUCAUAUACGCUCACCUCCUGGGCCAGCUAGUUGUCAACUGUCCCGGUCAUGUUGCUCUACUUUCUCUUCAGAGUGGUUAGUGCCACAACCGCUUUCCUCUAUCCCGGGUACGCAUCGUACAAGGUGCUCUCCCAGCGGCCUGCCUCGGAGGAGGAACUGGAGAGAUGGUUGAUGUACUGGAGUGUCCUCGGUUGCAUCGUCGCCGUAGAGUACGUCGCCGAGUGGCUCGUCUCCUGGCUUCCUUUCUACUACACCAUCAAGACCCUCUUCCUGCUAUAUCUUGCCCUCCCGCAGACACACGGCGCGAGCUACCUCUACACCGCGCACCUCCGACCAUUCUUCGCCGCGCACGAGCAUGAGAUCGAUUCCGCGCUCGCGCAGCUCAAGACGUUCAUCUACGCGUCCCUCCAACGCUUCCUCCGCGCAGCCUGGGAGCACGUCUCCGGAACGCUGCGCCAGAUGAACGUCCCCGUCGCGGGCCCUGGGUCUGGCGUCGGCUCCGGGACGGGUACAGGGGACGCGCAGGCGGGUGCAGGACCGCGGCCGUCACUCGGAGAUCCCGUGUCUGGUCCUGCCCAGCUCGUCUCGGGCCUGUGGGGUACGUACGGCCCCAGUGUCCUGGCCUCUGGCGCCGCGCUCCUUCGCCAGGCGCAGGCUUCCGCGACCCAGGCCGCCACUACCAGCGCGGGUGGGCACGCACGGCGCGACGAGCUCGCGUCCGAGGCGCAGCCGUAUGACCUCUCCGAUCCGAGCGUGCCGGUGCCCGAGGCGAACAACCCCUCGCGGUCGUCGUCCUCGGGAUCGCUCCGGCAGCGCGGGGACAGCAACGGGCGCUCGAACUUCGAGGAGGUCGAGGUCCCGAGCGACAUGGAGGGCGAGGGCGAUGGCCACCCCGUACCUGUGCAGAGGCGGUCGAGCUGGUUUGGGUGGGGAUCGGCGGACGGGUACGAGCGUGUUAAGAGUCAGUGAAGCGGCCCGCGGCAAAGGUCCGUCUGCGUGUUUAGAUCAUUGGCGUGUACUAUAUAACGGCGAACUCACAUCACGGAUACUGAAUGUGUAAUAUUAUGGCACAGAUUUGUAUUUAUUGUCCCUGAUACCACUGUCUCUGCGACAAUGUCUGAGUAGACGUGCGGUGC